UCAAAUGGCCAUGUGGUGCUGCCUUACAUGUGGCGCCAUCCGUCUCGUAUCGGCGCGGCUCACGCGGCCCUUGGUGCUCUCACUCGUGCUGACCUCACUGUCCGACACGAACACACCGCACUCCCGGAUGUACUGCACCAAUGCACACACACAUACAAAAGAGAGACACGUGGUGAAUGGCUUCUGCUGCGGUGAGUGCAGGCGCUCACAUGUCGUGGUGCCGGUGAUGUCAUCGCGAUGAUCUCCUUUAUUGCCAGCGAAUCGAAGGCAUUGAGUAGGUCCUCCCGUAUCACCACAUUGCCGACACAAAGUCGGCUCGACACGGCCACCAUGUCGCCCAUCUCCAUUACCUUGGGCCACUCCUUGACGUCGUCGAGCGGCGUGAAUCGCACGCUCCCCUGCACCACUAGUGUCAGCGCCCGCAUCAAAUCGUGGCCAAACACCGCGAUCAGGAGUGUCAGCUUCUCCUCCAGCUCCUUCUCGUCAAUGGCCUCGGGCCAAAGAUCACAUCCACCACAUGGACUGACAUAAGAGAGAAAGGUGCGACACAUGGACGGUUUCAAUGUGUAUGGGUGUCUCUGUCUGUCUGUCUGUCUGUCUGUCUCUCUGUCCGCCCGCUUGAUGAGUACAACUACAUGCUCUAUGUCAACACACGCAUACAGACGGGUUUGGUGUGAUGUGUGACGUGUCGUGGCCUGCUUACCGUCUCGUCGAUAUUCCUGUAGGUGUUUGGGCCGAUAGGGGUUGGCUUCGAGUCCGCAACAGCCAAACACCAACAAAGGAAGACACUGGCCGAAGGAGAAACUCCGUGGCUCUCAUGCAGCCGGUGCAGGUCCGGUCGAGGCACGACGGGUCGAUGGUGCAGGUGUACUGACGGCGAUAUCUAGUGCAAAGACAAACAGACAGAGACACAAGGGCAGAUCACCUGGAAGGUUUUCUGUACCGUGCAUUCAGACCUGCCAUGCAUUCAUCAGAGCUGGGAAAUAUGCGGGGCCUGCGGGAAAGAAGUCCUCUCGCGAUAUAAAAUGUAGACAGCGAUAUCCACUGCAGACAAACAGACACACAGAGACAUAAGGCCAGAUCACCUGGAAGCUUUGUGUGUUCUGCGUACCUGCUUUUCUUCAACCCGCACACCCACUCAGAAUACGACGACACCACCGUACCCACCAACCCCCCCAACCUCCCCACCUUCUUGUGUAUGUAUGUGAAGCCUGUCUGCCCUUCUGGCUGCUUAAAAAACUUGCACCCAGCCAUCGAUACAUCAAUCCAUCCGGAAAAACAGUCGCACACACACUCUCACACCCCCACACACUCCGCCACCCAUAUAUGUAUUCGACACACACAUCGACCAUCUCGCUCCCCUCCCCCUCCCUCAUUCAGCAGCAGCACCACUACCACAUGCACUUCCACCACCGUCGGCCUUCCGCGGCUGUUCCCUCCUGCUCCUCGCCUCCUCCACCAGCUGCCGGAGGCUGAGCUGUGAAGCCUCCUCCGCCCUCGCCACCAGCUGGUCUAUCUCCAGCCGCUUGGACUCAUCCGGGUCCAU